UGUCUUUGUUUGUGCUCGUUGGAUCCUCCCUGUCGCAUUCCUGUUCAUACCGCUCUCGCCGUCGAAUCAGCGUUGCCACAACUAACGGUCGCAUGCUCUCUCUUCUCCCGCCUUUCCAGCUGAAACCCACAACAAACUUGCCUCUCUCCAGCUGCCGGGACACCGACUCCAGUUGACUGCCAUCCUUUCGCCCCUUCGCAACAAUCAACUCUCUCCCUCCUCCCCUAUCCCUAUACAUCCAUACAUAUUCGUUCAAUUGAAAUACAAAAAAACGCUCCUUUUUUUGUUGUUUUUGUAUUACUAUCCCUCCCUCUCCAUCUGUCACUCACUCCGGAAAAGAAAACAAUAAAUCGAAUAUGCCUUAUAAUACUCGUCGGAAGUCCCUAUCGCUGCCAUCGCUGGGCAUUCACCUCCCGAACGCCUCCCGCGCACAUCGAUCACCGUCCGCCUCCAAGUUGCCCGCCCCAACAGACGCACAACUACCACCAUCCAAGAAGGUGAAGAGGUCGCACGACCGGGAGUCGCAGUCGCCGGACGCUGAAGCAACUGGUUAUCGCGACGGAAAGUCGUUGGGAGAGCAGGGUCGCGCGGGGCGCGGUACCUACGAGCACACUCCACCGCCUUCGCCCGCCGAUGGUGUCGCCCCGAAGAUCGAUACAGAGGGGAUCAACGAUGAUAUCGUGGUCGCAGUGAUCGAACAGUUGGAAAAGACUGGAAAUCGACCGCACCUCAUCAAGGAGCUAGCUGCCGUUCUCACGACGAUCAAUGAGAACGUCGCAAACUCUGCGAACCCCGCAGCACUGCUGUCGUCCCGCUUGAGCGCCUACCUCAAGCGUCCCUGGUCUGCUUUGGCGCCCUGCCCACUUGCAAAGGAGCUUAUUCCAGUUCACCCGCGCAAGGUGUUCUACUAUCUCACCACUUGCGCGCACCAGCCUCUCCCUGAGACUUCAGAUGAUCUGAUCAUUGCUGGUUUGGACGGGAAGCAGAUGACACCCAGUAUCUCAAGCCUCGACCAGGACGAGGAGGAUGCGCUUGCGCGGCAACGGAGUCCCAGCCCGGAGGUAGACCUGUCCUCUCCGGAAUUCGAGGACGACAAUAUGGAUCUGGCUGGUCACCACAAUGCUGGUGGUUCCGGAGUCCCGGCUAACGGCUUCUCCGACCGUCGCAGCCAGCACCGGUUAGCCCACAACCACCGGGCAGCGUCUCCCCCUCUGGAAGGCGAUGAGAGGGAAUUCACACAGACGGCUAGCUCUGUGCGAGAGCGGACGUCGGAAGAGAGAGCGCAGCGCCAGGAUGGUGCCAAGGGUAAUGCCCCUCAACUGUCUGAGGCCGCCUCAGAACUGAGUAGCGCGCUCGCCAGCUUUUCCGGCUCGCCAAUGGACGAGGACCCUCUCUCGUCUGCCAGCGCCAGCGCUGUUCCGGAGGAUCAGUACAGUGACUACUUUUCGCGGAUUGACUCCCGUGCCGCCGAGCAGGACCUCGACGAGGCAGCAGCCGUGACGCUCUUUGGCACUUCUCCGUCGCCAUCGCUCUCGUCCACUGCAUCCUCGAUCUCGUCUGGUACGAGCGCUCCUUCUGAGAUAGAUGCGGACAGCGAGAUGUGUACGACUACUGGUCUGCUCAAGCUGCAGCAGAACAUGGCUGCCAGCGCCCGGGGCGCAAGCCCAGUGUCUGUGCCCGGCGACGCCAAUGGUGCCACGGCUACAGCGCUGAAACGUUCCAUCGACAUGUUGGAGAAUGAUUUCUCCGGUGUUGACCUAAAGGUUGACCUGCAAUUCGGUGAACAUGACGCCAGAAAACCUCUAGCGAAUCGCCCCUUUGGAGUAAUGACCAUGGACUUUGACAUGAUCCGGGACUCGUGGAGUGAGCUGCAGAGCCCGGAAACCGUUGAGGUCGACGAACUCGAUGAAAUGUUCGGAGACUUCUAAAACAAACGCUCUCACCGUUUCAAGUAUGAUUUUUCGGAUUUUACCUCCUUUUUAAUACGUUUAUAUUUUCGGGGCGGGGCAAGACUGGACGGCGCCUUUUGUCAUUCUCGGCAUUUGCAUUACACCC